AUGUCCCAGCACCAGAACGUCUACGCGCCCGCUCCAUGGGCCCCGAGGCAGGCCAACCCAGACGAGGACUGGACCAAGAUCUCAGAUCUGGCCGAGCGUCGGAGGAUACAGAACCGCAUUGCCCAGCGUAACUACCGCAAGAAGCUCAAAAGGCGUCUUGAGGACCUGGAAAGGCGCGCGUGCACUUCGGACGGAAACUCGUCUGGGAAUGGAAAGCCGACCUCCAGCAACGGAAGUAGCGCCAACGCCAGCAACGGCGGCAGCAGUAGUAGCAGCGGCAGCAAGAAGCAGCAACAGCAGCAGCAGCAGCGACAACAACAACAGCAGCAACAACAGCACCAGCAGCAAACUCAGGCCGCGGCUCCAUUGACGCCGCCCGAGCUCUUCCCCGCCCACGCCUACCCGCCCCCUGAGGACAUGAUGAUGGCGCCCUGUGGCACAUCGCCGCCGCACGCACAAGCGCUGGCGUAUGCCGAGUACCUCGUGUCGACAACGAUGCCGGUAACGUUCCCGGAUAUGGCGCAUUUUGACGACUCUAUCGUUGGGGAUUUGGACCACAGUGAGGUGGCACCGUACACGAACUGCAGAUACAUGCCCGGCAUGGACGUAUCCAACCCCGCGCCAUACGACCACUCGAACUCUCAUAUGAAUUCCUCAUGGCACCAAUCUCACUUUUACCCAGUUCUUCAUCCACCUCCAUACCUGUUUCUGCCCCACCUGCAAACCAGCUUCGCCUCUUCCCAGAGCCCCACUCCUCCUCCACUGGGUGGUUUUUCAAAUGUUCAAAAGACUUCCAGGAAAUUGCAACAAAUCCUCGGUCUAGAACAGCACCUCCCCACGAAUGUCAAUUGAUAAAAUUGAUAGCUGAUUGGCUGGAAAUAAUAUCUGGAC